AUGCUGGUGAAGGAAAGUGAGGGUUUUAGGUCCUGUGGCGGCGACAAAGGCACUUUCGGAGACGUUUCCGUAGGCGAAGGGAAGACUGUGACUUUGGAGGGAUCAGCAAUUUGUGAUGAUGUAUUCACAGCAUUGCCAUCUACCUGCUCGUCGUCGAGUGAUUCCCUACAUAACACGAACUCCGCCUCAAGGUCCGGAAAAUUCGGCGACAGACCCGGCGAAGAAGAAGACGUCGUUGAAGGUAGAGCCAGCUGGCAGGGCGGCAUCUCUUCGUCUUUCAAGUCGAUCGCCCCCGGCCUUGGCUUCAGCUUCGCAUUCGCAGGAGUUGAAAAAUUGGCGGACAUCGAUCUCUGUUCACAAGUCACAGGAACAGUGAAGACGACCGGCGCCGUGAGUAAUGGACACAGUUCGAAGAGGCGAGAAAGGGUAUUCACGUUUUCGUCUUUCGUGUUCAACUGCUCCAUGGUCACCGUUGAAGGUGCAGAUGGCUCCUCUACGUCCGCAACUACAGUAACCAAACCAGAACCACAUUUGUCCUGA